GAGCGAUCCGACUGACUUCGAAGGUGUCGAACUGAGAACCUUCGAUGGAACUCUGCGAUGCCCAAUGUGCAAGGACCUUUUCGAGGCACCAGUGCUACUUAGUCAUUGUGGUCAUACGUUCUGCAGCCUAUGCAUACGGGGUUACUUGCCCAGCAAGAAUGAGUGCCCAACGUGUAGACAUACUACACAAGAAAGCUCACUCGUAAGAAAUUCAACGUUAGAAGACGUGGUCUUUGCUUACCGGAAUGGACGAUCUGGCAUCUUAUCUUUACAAAACGAUCGUCAAGAACUCAUCGCUCUGAAGCGGAAAUGUACACCGAGAGACACGUCAGUCUCGCCACGGAAGCGCAAACGGCCCGAUCUGGGCAGCAAGAUGUCAUCACCGUGGAGGGCUAACGACGACUUUGACCACCAAGAGGGACCUUCAACCCCAAGGUCAAAACGCCCCAAACCUACGCUCACCCCACAAGAUACUCCCAGGAGUGGUAUUUUGUUGAGCGAUUCAGACAUUGAAGUGGAAGAGGGUGCCAAUGCCCCGGACCCCAUUGUGUCUUGCCCAAUAUGCCAAACUAGAAUACGGCUCAACAGACUCGACCCCCACAUCGAGCGUGGUUGUAGUGACCCUGAACCAAAGAAAAACGAUUCGAAGGCUUGGGGGACAUUGUUCGCGUCAAGUAAAGGGGGUUUGAAAUCGAAAGGCGCCCGGCGAGCAGAAACCCCUGAGCAGGAAAGUGAGCGGAAACCGCUUCCAAAGGUGACCUUCGCUCUCGUUAAAGAGAAGGCAAUUCGUGAGCUCCUCUCGGAACAUGGUCUCCCAACAGAAGGGGAUAAGAAGGUCUUACAAGAUCGAUAUAACAAAUGGAUUGCUCUUUGGAAUUCUAGCAUUGACACUUCACGCCCCAAGUCCACCGUCACACUGCGAAAAGAGCUAAAACAAUGGGAGCGAACCAAAGAGCAGGACUCGGUCGAGAAAAAAGCGAGGGAGAAGAAAAUCAAACAUCCACCGGCAUACAUGGCUCAGAACGCUGCGCAGUUUGCAGACCUUGUGGCCAAAGCCAAGGCGACCCUACACCAAAAUCGUCCUCAGGUUCCCUCAGAGCAGGCCUCAAACGCAGCAGAAUCCCUCGCUCAGGAAGGAGGCGAUGCCACCUCUGCAGCCAGGGACCCGUCGAGACUCCCAAGUUCGCCACAGACAUUAUCCCAAUCGGUGCGGGAUGAUACCAUAAUUAUUUUGGAUUGAGCAUUGUUGAGUACCUCUGGGCGAAAACCCGCCGAGACACUAGGCGAGUGGAAACAUAAUGGC